AUAUUUUCCACUUGGCUGGCUGGUGGUGGAAGAAGAGUUUUCAAAGGAAGAAGCUACGAGUUGAGAGUUCAGCGGAAGAUUGAGAAGGCUCUCUCAGAAGCACAACCAGACCUCUGUGGUGGCUGGGCUCCUGCACCUCCCCCACUGAGACCAAGCUGGUCUGAAAGACUCACCAGAAAGCUAGCCGAGCCCCAAGUGAAGGAGACAAGAGAUCCAUUCCAUCUUUGUGCUGGCUGGAGACUGAAGAAAGCAGAGGCAGAGGCUGAAGGACAGAACCUUUGGAUUUGGAGACAUCGGAGGGAGCUCUUGGAACCAAGCAGAGAGAUAGGCCUCUCAACCAACCCGGCUAUUUUGGAAGGAGAAAAUAAACGUUUGUAUUUUUACCAGCUGGCUGCAUUUGGGGUAAUUACUGAUCUGAACUGAUACUAAGGCUGCCUCCAGAAAACCUUCCUCGAGAAACCUUCUCCCCCAGAGAGAACCAUCAUCUUAUACAUUAUUUUAAAGAAGAAAAAAAAAAUCACCACAACUUCACCAUUUAACUCCUGACCACCAGAAAUCCUAAUCUCAUUUUGGUUCCUUGAAUCUAAUAUCACUUGGUUCCCUGACAACCCUAAAUCUAGACCUCAUCAUCUUUUGGUUCCCUGUCCAAAAGGAACUCCAAAACCUAAACCUCAUCAGCUUGAGGGAGUGGUAGAGAAAAAUAAUAGAAUUUUUAAAAGGAUGAGCAUAUCCUUGCUGUAGGGAAAGAGCCAGUCAUCGGGGAAAGAAGAAAGAUCAAUAAAUUGAGGAAAAGCAGGAGUCGAAAGUCGCCCAAUACUAAAUGCGAUACUUGGGCUGGCUUUGCUAGACAAAGGGGCUGGAUCCAGGCAGAGAGGAAGGGUCUCUCUACUGGGCACUGAAUGUCCAUCACACGUGCCCAAGACAAGUGACAGGUAGCCUCGGACAGGCGCGGAGCAGCCCAGUAGCCAGAGUAGGCGUCUUGCAGCCAGAAAACGCAACAGGGAAACGAGGAAUUUUGAGAGUCAGCUCCUUGGCCAACCACGAAGGGCGGCGCAACAAAGGGACACCUGACAGCCAAUCGUCUGGGAGCUCUCAGCCCCGACUUGUCUCCACCCAAUGGAGUGUCAAAACGCCAUCAUCCAGUGCGAUCGUCGCCCGCCUAGAUUCCCGGGUCGUGUUUUUGGCCGUUGGCUGUUGAUUACUUCCACUAAGAGGAUGAGAGCGGGGUCGAGGGGCAGGGUUUGAGGGGCGGCCCCAAUAAGGGGCUGGGGCAGGCCUCCCUCGUCAGCUACCCGGUCGCCUUUCCCCAGCUUUGGCCUGCGCAUAGCCCCUUUUCAUUCACGCCUGCGCUGAGAGGAAGGGGGGGAGGGGUUGGGCGUGGUGAGGGAGGCGCGCCUGCGUAGACAGAAUCCCUUCCUCAGAGUCGCGCCUGCGCAAAGGUGGCAGGUUGGUUCCGCAAAAAUGAAGUCGCUACUGGCCUUGUGUGCUGUGCAGGUGACCCGGUACCAGACGCUGGCUUGCCGAGCUCUGGCCUCCCUGCCUCGGGAACUGUACCCGGCCUUAUUCCGGGCCGCCUUCAUGAAUGGCCGAACGCUGGUGCUGCAAGCGCUAGUGCAGACAUGGCCCUUCCCGUGCCUCAGCUUCCGGCAGCUGCUCCCACAGCCCAAGCAGAUGGGCUGGCCCGAGAAGCCCCGCAAGGAGAGUGUACAAGCCGUGAUCUUGGCGCUGCUCGCGGCGCCGCGCAGGAAGCCUCAUCUUCGAGUGUUGGACAUGACUGGUUUCCUGGAUGCCAGCUGUGGACAGGACCCCACGACCAUGAGCAUGUGGGCUCGCUCAGUGGCAGUUGCAAGGACUUGUCUCAGUGCCCAGACUCAGGCCAGGGCAGCUCAACGCUUAGCCAAACGCCGCAAACUGGAGCCUCAAGUCCCUGUCGCUAGUCCUGUGGAAGUGCACACUGACCUGCUAGUGAACCGAACUUCUUACAGUGUCCUGAAGGAGGCUCUCCUGACCAGCACUUGUGGCCCCCUUCGCCUUCGCUGCAGGGACCUUUGGGCUGAGGAGCUGUCAGGUCCUAGCACUGUAGCUCUCUUGGAGUUGCUGGAUCCAGUGUGCCUGCGCCAGGUAGAUCUACGCUUCAACAACUUGGGACUUUCAGGCCUGUGUAUGGUUGUGCCCCACAUGGCCAAGUUCACCCACUUGUUGAGCCUGAAGUUACAAUACAGUAAUGUGGAUGUGCGGCGGCUCACCACUGAAGCCGAGGGCAGCUUCCAACACUUUGUUUCUGCGAUUGGACAACUGAAAUGCCUUAAGGAACUCAACAUGGGUUCCUCUCGACUCUCAGGACGCCUUCAUCAGCUCCUUAGCGGCCUACAGGGCCCUCUGGAAAGCCUGGAACUUCCCUUCUGUGCCCUUCUUUCUGGGGACUUGAGUUACUUGGCCCAGAGCCCCCAUGCCACCCAUCUCAAGAAGCUGGAUCUCAGUGGCAACAAACUGUCUGGUGACCUUCUGGGCCCCUUUCAGAAACUACUGAGGGAAGCCUCAGCUUCCCUGCUAUGUCUGGAUGUUACAGAAUGCCAGCUUAUGGAUGUCCAUCUUGUUAGUAUCUUGCCCACUCUAUGCUCCUGUACUCACCUCCGCUACAUUGGUCUCUAUGGUAACCCUAUUGCUAGUGCUGGACUGAAAACCUUGCUCCAACACUUACAGGCCUUGUCUGAGCUUCAGCUGGUGGUAUACCCAGUCCCUGUGGAUUGCUAUAAGGACCUGCCCUGGCCUCCAACUUCAGCCAGUCUCUUAGAGGGUACUGUGGAUGAAGAGAAGCUUGGCAGUGUGCAGGCUGAGCUGCAGCAGUUGAUAGAGGCCAUACAGCGCCGUGAUGUGCUGUGGACCAUGGACAUCUAUGGCCACAACAGUUUUGACUACUUCAGCUUAUAGAGUGUGAGAGAGAGAGAGAGUGAGUGUGUGUGUGUGUGUGUGUGUGUGUGUGUGUGUGUGUGUGUGUGUCUGUAGGGGAAAGAAGAGAAGUGCAGGGAGAUCAAGAGGCAGUAUUCCUCUGUUGUGCUAUUGAUGCAAGAUUAUCCCAAGGUGGCAAGUGCCUCUUGCUCUGAGUUUUGGCAGAACCAGAAUGGACUACCUACUCAGUAUGUGCUCUUAUAUGGGUUGUGUUUUGAAGGUUUAUAUUUUUCUAUGCCCCUGUCCAUGAUGAUGACAUGGACAUGACAGAGUUGUUUUUCUAGGCCCUGAAGUUCAACUUUUCCUAGGGGAAGAGGGGUAUUUAUUUGUAAUUCUAGGACCCAUGAGUCAUUGUGCAAAACCUGAACUUUUUGGUCAUGAUCCCAUCAGUCCACCCCACCACCUGUCACAGACGAUCACAGACCACAACACGAAGAAGAAUAAAGGCAAUACCAAUGUAAA